AGCGGCGGCGAGGGGGCGGGCCCGUGUGAGGAGUCCAUGUGGGCGCCGGCGCGACCCGGUGCAACGCGGGGUCACCAUGGCGGAGCUGCAGCAGCUCCGGGUGCAGGAGGCGGUAGACUCCAUGGUGAAGAGUCUGGAGAGAGAGAACAUCCGAAAGAUGCAGGGCCUCAUGUUCCGGUGCAGCGCCAGCUGUUGUGAGGACAGCCAGGCGACCAUGCAGCAGGUGCACCAGUGCAUUGAACGCUGCCACGCGCCUCUGGCUCAAGCACAGGCCCUGGUGACUAGCGAGUUGGAGAAGUUCCAGGACCGCCUGGCCCGGUGUACCAUGCAUUGCAAUGACAAAGCCAAAGAUUCAAUAGAUGCCGGGAGUAAAGAGCUUCAGGUGAAGCGGCAGCUGGAGACUUGUGUGACCAAGUGUGUGGAUGACCACAUGAACCUCAUUCCAAGCAUGACCAAGAAGAUGAAGGAGUCUCUCUCAUCUAUUCAGAAAUAGAAGUCUUUGCCAUUGGCCAUCGGGGCUGAGGGCAGGAGUCUAUUUAAAAAGAAGGAUGAGAAUUUUGGUCUUUUAAACAAUUUAUGAAUGAAGAAAUUAAGGAUGGCAGCAAGUUUAAGGCAUAUAUCACCUGCCUCUGGACACUGGUUCCUAUAUGUUUUAAUCCUAGAAAAUGAAAUGGAAAAAAACUGGUGCUAAAAUUUGGGUCAGAGAGUUUUGAGAGCCGAAAUUUCUUGUGGCAAGUGCUUAUCCUAGCAGUAGGCAUCUCCCUCAUACCAAACCAGAGCACUCCGAGGUACCAGAUUCUUCUUAGUACCCAGGUACCAAGAGGUUGACAUGUUUCUCUAACCUGCCAAUGAUCUGGUAGAGUAUGAGGAGAGGUGUUUCUGUUCGUUGCCGACCUGUUUACGAGAAACAUCACCACACCAUUUUCCAUAAGCUGUAAAACAAAAUCCAUCAGGUCACUAAGAAAGGGAAAAAAAUUUUCUGAGUCUUUUGUUUUGCUUGAUUUUGUUUUAUAUACAAGAACAUGAAGUUGAUUUAAGAUGCGGAGUUGGGAGAGGUAGUUUGGAUAAGACCUUUGAGAGGUUCCUUUGGAUAUCUCUUUCUGGCCAUCAAGAUGUGGAUGUUCAUUUCUUAAAAUUCUCACAUAUCUUUCAGCCUGGAGACCCUCUAAAAACAUGAGAGGUGAUGUCACACUGGGUAUGGGAAGCAGACCUCCCCUCUCACUGGCUGCCAUGAUGGGCCUAAGGCUGUCUGCAGCAAAGUGAUAGGACAAUCUCGCAGUGACCCUCUCCCUUGAAGAGAAAGAGGGUUUUGAUUGUGCUGUAUCUAGGUAUCCAGGAAUGAACAGUGAAAGAGGAACUUUUCACUGUUGGCUGCUUAAUUAAGAGUUUGAAAGUACCAGAUCUGGAAAAAAACUAGUUUUCAGGAAUGAAACCUAAAACCCAUUGUUGCUUACUUAGUCCCCUGAAAUAAGAGCCUUACUGAGACAAUUCCUUGGUAACAGGAAGGUCAAGGGGAAAAAAGUAAGUAACUCAGGUGUGAGCUGUUGCUCUUUUAGGGCAAAAGUGAGGCAGCCCCCAUUACCAAAUACUACUUUUGCCUGGGGCCUUUGCAGAAUGCAAUGUUCCUGCCCCAGCUCUGGCACCUUACCGUUUUGAUAAGGACUUUGUUGUCUUUUUACCACCUUAUUACUUGAAAUGAUAAUAUAAUCUGUCUGUUUGCUGUUUCAGGCAUGUGAUAUAUUUUCCUAGUGGUCUGGUUUUAAAAAAUAAAGUUUAAUUUUUUUUUCUCCAC